GGCCGUUGCGGGGUCCGGGCCCCGAGCGGCGGCAGGCGUCUCCGCGGGAUGGAAGGUGACCCGCCAGCCGGGCCGCAGGGCCCGGGCCCCGGCCCCGACCCCCGAUCCCCCGACCCCGACCCUCGACCCCCCGACCCCGCUCCCAAGGCCCCAGGAGCGGAGCAGGGGGAGCAGGGGGAGCAGGGGGCCGCCGAGGAGCCGCCCAGCUCUGACACCCCCCGGGACCCCCCCGCGGGCCGUGGGGACACGCCCGUGGAGGCGGCCACCAACGCGGGCGUCGAGGGGGACCCGCCGCCUUACUCGCCCUCGCCCCCGGCCCGCAAGAGAGUUCGCUUCGACUGCCCGCCGUGCCCGCCCUCCCAGCAGGAGCCCAUCUUCUACCAGCCGCGUCCAGGGCAGAGAGCGCGGCCUUUCCCUCCCCAGACCAUCCCGCCUGGGGCCCUGCCCUACAACAUCUACACCGGGCAGUACACCGGGCAGCCGAGCAUGGGGCCAUUGCCUGCCGGCUACAGGCAGGACCUGCCCAGGGACUACCUGGUGGAGGCAGUGCUGGUGACCGUCUGCUGCUGCAUGCUGACUGGGGCCAUGGCCCUCAUCUAUUCCCACGAGACCCGGGCUGCGAUCAGGCGUGGGGACAUAGACCAGGCGUUCUCAGCAUCCAGAAAGGCCUGGUGCCUCAUCCUCUUCAGCCUCCUCUUCGGGUUGUUUGUCUCCAUCACUUGGGUCAUCUGCGUCCUGGCAACCCUGUACAGGCAUCGGGGACCCUGAGCCCCAGAGCCAUGGUGUGUGUGCCAGGGGCUCCUUGCAGCUCACCAUGGCCCUGGGGGGCACGGACAGGUGAAGUGGCCACAGCCCCGCUGGGGCUGUCCUGGGAAACAGGUGACCACAAAGUGUUAUCUGGGCAGAGGGGCAGCUCUGUCCUUCCUGGCGGGACGAGGAGUUGCUCCAGAGCCACGUGGGCCUUCACCCACCCUUCCUCACCCACCUGCUGAGGAACCCAGACUGAAGUGAUGCCAGAGUCAGGUCUGGGCAAGGACUCAUGUUGGAGCAGUGGCACCAUGUACGGGAUCAGGCUUUGCUGUGGGAUGCUGAAUCCCAUUACCAUGGGCUGUCACUUGGAGCUGCUAAAUGUGACUCUGGAGCACAGGGAGCAUCUGUAGAACUGGGGCUGGAGACAGAGCUAAUGGCUGAGGUGUAACAGAGAGACCCAGGUGUAUGGGAAGCCCUCACCAGUCAUUAAUAAUGUGGCAAGAUACAAACUCACAUAUGCAACUUCUCCAGUAAUUUUGCACACACAUACACAGACACAGACACUGUAUUGCCACCUCCUUGCUGCUUCAAGGCUGAAAUAAAAUACAGCUGUAGCCAAA